AUGUUGCGUAGCACAUUAAUCGCAUCACAUGUACAUACACUAAUCGCAUCACAUGGUAUUGUGCGCCGCACAUUCAUUCAGUCCACACCCACGAACCUGCGCAUUCAUACCACGCACCCAUUCCCACUCACUCGCCUCGAAACCCAGCUCCCAUCCAAAGCCCUAUACCGAUCCCCUCACCACGCACGAUUAAGCUCUCCAAGUCCACCUCCCGAUUGCCCCCUAUACGAUAUACGAUAUGCGAUACACCCAAACCCCGAUGCGAAGAGAUUUCACACUCCUACUCCUACUCUUACCCGAUGCACGAUUCGGUACGGGAUCAUCAUCGUCCAAGCACGAUAG